AUGGCAAAGAUCAGAGGUCGUGUGUUCCUAUUGGACCAGAGAAACACGUCUGACUCCAGGGGAUUGGCUGAGGCGGAACAUGCGUGUGCUUCCCAUGAUGCCCGGCUGGCGUCAGCCGAGGAGCUGCGUCACGCCGUGGUGGAGUGUUCCUUCUCUCCCUGCACACGAGGAUGGCUGGACGGGGGCAGCGUGGGGACUACCGUGUGUAGUAACUUGGGCAGUGCUCUGAAGGCAGUGGAUGUGAAGAUAGAGAACACUACAGCGGACAUCACACACCUGGAUGUCUUCUGUGUCAAAGACAAGGGUGUUCCAUGUGGAGACCCCCCUGCGUUCCCCAACACGCAUCUCCAGGGCCACACUGGGUUUGAGAUGGGGGACGAGCUGCUGUACUCCUGUCUACCUGGUCAUGUGUUGCCCAGCGGCCACUCAGCCUUCAGCCUGCUGUGUGACAGCUGUGGAGAGUGGUACGGACUGGUACAGCUCUGUGUAAAAGACAAGACAGAGGCCCACAUUGACUAUGAAGAUAAGUUCACUGAUGACGAUCACCACCUCUCCUACGACACCCCUACUGAGGAGGAGGACACACAGGAGGAACCAGUAGAAGAGGAGGUGCAAGAGAAGACAGCAUAUGUAAAUGUGGAGGAGGACACAGGAGAAGAGGGGCGCAGGGAUCAGGAGCAGCAGGAGGCCAGCUUCAGCAUGACGGAAGUAGAGGAGCAGGAUGUGGAGACGGGAGGAGAGGAGGAAGUGCAGGGAGGAGAGGAGCUGUCUGUGGGAGAGGAGGAGCAGCAGGAGGAGAACGUGGGGGAAGGAGUGGUGACUGGAAGAAAGGAGGAGGAACUGGAAGACUCGACAGACCAUCCCGUCGAUGAGGAGAAGCAGGAGGAGGAGCAGGAGGAGGGGAUGGGCAUGGCGGAGGCGACUGAGGCGCCAGUCUCCCUGCUUUCCCAGAAGCACCUGUUCUGGUUCCCCUCAGAGGCCUUCCAGGAGGCGGGACAUGUGGAACCCACCCACCAGCCAGUCACACAGGACACACCCCCUGAGGGAGACAACCGUGUCAGGGCCUCCGGCAGCGAAUCAGAGGAGAGCAAGGAAGACAACAGCCAGCCAGAGGAGACAAAGGAUCAUGACAGCCAUGAGGGUCAAUUCCAACAACCAAUUGAACACAAUGACCAUGAUGACCACGAAGAUGAUGUUGACCAUGAACAUAUUGACCGUGAAUAUGAUCACGACGAUCGAACAGAUCCUGACCACGAUGAAAGUUCUGAACAAGUUUUUGAUGGUGAAGACCAUGCCGUUGAACACCUUGACCACGAUGAUCAUGACACCCAUGAUGGCCAUGAACAUGACAACCAUGAAAGCUAUGAUAGUGAAGAGGCCCACCGUGAGGACCAAGGAGAACACAAGGAGGAUGACCAUGAGAAGGGGGGUGUGUAUGAUAACGGACACGACGAGCAUUACAACAUGGGUGAACACGAGGAGGAUGACCGCAUUCAAUAUCACAGCCACAGUGAACAUGAUGAUCAUGAAGACCAUGACCACGAUGAUGUAAUGGAUCACCAUGAUGAUGAUGAUCAUGACCACUCAGAUCCUAGCGAUCACCACGAUGACCAUGAAGACCAAGACCAUGUCCACGACCAUGAUCACCUUGAUGACCAUGAAGACCAAGACCAUGACCAUAACGAUCAAGAUGAUCAUGGCCAUGAUGACCAUGACCACGACGACCAUGAAGAUGGCCAUGUAGUCCCUCCCAUUGGAAUGACAACAGGCGAGCCUCAGAAUGUAACCCAGGAGGCGGCGGGAGGAGAACCCACAGCCAGCACAGACGAGACCUGGUUGGACGGCUACCCUGUCAGUCAGGAGGAGACUGACACGGAUAAAGUGGGAGGCGGCUCCACAGAGGAAGGGGUGGAGCCUGAGGUGCGAGAGGAGGAAGAGGAGGGUCUUGUGGUUGUCGGGGUGACUGACCGGCCCAAUGAGGUGGAGAUGAGUCGUCCCGUCCCAUUCACGGGCGUCCCUCAGGUCCCCCUGUCCCCCACGCAGGAGGCGGACCCUGUAGAGCAGGAUCAGGACCAGGUGGGAGGACUCAGCCCUAAAGCCUCACCUGACUCACCCCUCUCCCCUGAGGCCACAUCCUCAGAUUCCUAUUCAGCCGACUACACCACGCCCUCUCUGACAUCAUCACUGGACGACAUCACCCCCAGAAAUGCAGCCAGGCCUUCUCCCACAGACUCCUGGGAAACCACGGAUCAUGUGCACCCCCUCCUGGAGCACGGCCCCGCCCCCACGGCGUGGACUGAUGAUGUCAUUGACGAGGAGGAACGUGGAGCCGAGCACAACCUGACUCGACACAGCGGGGAGAGGGAGGGGGAGGAAGGGGAGAGGGAAGGCAAGACAGGGGAGGCAGGGUGUACCGGAGGUGAGGAGGACUGCCCUCCUCCCCCUCCUCCCUCCUCCGGCAGGGGGCCCACGGUGGCGGCCAUUGUCAUUGCUGUGUGCACGGUUGCCCUGGCAGCCGCCGUCGGUGCGUGGUGUUACCGACGGAAACAGCAGAAGAGCUCAAUGUACGAGAUGAACGGGAAGGGUCAGAGUCACAGCAGACAUGGACAACAGAUAGAGAUGCAACAGAAGGUCUAAGAGAGAGAGAAAGAGAGAGACAGUGCGGCUGCAGAGAGAGUGGAGGGAGGCUUGAGGAGGGUGAGGUGAUGUGGGUUAGGGUAUUUGGGGUGUGUGAGUUGUACAGCCACACACUACACCUGCAGACACAGAAGAAUG